AUGGCGAUCAACUGGAUCCUGCUCAUCAGCCGCCAGGGCAAGGUGCGCUUGGCCAAGUGGUUCACCACCAUGUCGCCCAAGGCGAAGCUCAAGAUCACCAAGGACGUGACGCAGCUGGUGCUGGCGCGGCGCACGCGCAUGUGCAACUUUCUCGAGUACAAGGACAGCAAGGUGGUGUAUCGGCGGUAUGCGUCGCUCUUCUUUGUGACGGGCAUCAGCCAGGGCGACAACGAGCUGGUGACGCUCGAGAUCAUCCAUCGAUACGUCGAGGUGCUCGAUCGCUACUUUGGAAACGUCUGCGAGCUCGAUCUCAUCUUCAACUUUCAGAAAGCAUACGCAAUCCUCGACGAGCUGAUCAUCGCAGGAGAGAUGCAGGAGUCGUCGAAAAAGUCGGUCUUACGAACCGUCAGCCAGAGCGACGCCAUCGAAGAAGCCGAACAGUCCGAAGACGCCGAUCCAAGGCCGAUCCAACAACGAAGCUCGGACGGCGAGGAGCACCGGGAAGACAAACGAGGCCGUAACAACGAGCCUGGGAGGAUAGAGGGACUGGUGACGACCCGAGCAAAGCGGCCGACGGGUCACCACCGCCAGGCCAUGCGGGUCACCACCACCGCGCCAAACAGUGCGCCCGAGCAACACGAGCAAGACAGGCAGGAGAGAUGCCGAUCGUCGCGCAUCGGAGCGCCAAUCUGCGGCGUAGAGCCCUUUUGCACCUCUGGCAGCCAAGGCACCGAGUUGGCCGGGAAAGGCAGGAGCGCCAAUUUCCCCAGAUCGCUUGCUCUCCUCGCCCGACAGCGCCGGCUUCGAUCCGACAUGUCCGACUUCAAGUCCCAGGCUCUUUUCGAGCAGAUCACCGAGGGUCUCAAGACCAUGGAUGACAAGGAGAAGAAGGACAUCCAGAAGAAGACCAACGGUGUCUUCGAGAUGCACGUCAAGAACGCCGGCGGCAAGGAGCUCGUCUGGACCAUUGACCUCAAGAAGAACGCCGAGGCUUACGAGGGCAAGGCCAAGGGCAAGGCUGAUGUUACCAUCAACCUCUCGGACGACACCUUCAUCGACCUCGCCGACGGCAAGGUCAACGGCCAGAAGGCCUUCAUGUCGGGCAAGCUCAAGGUCAAGGGCAACAUCAUGCUCGCCACCAAGCUCGACGGCGUGCUCAAGGCCCAGAAGUCCAAGCUCUAA